CGUUUCUUCCCUCCCUCCCCUCAGCAAGAAUCGGGACAGCGUCCUACCUUGCAUAUUUGUUUCACGAAUUCUACCAAAUACAUGAUGAGCGUCGAUCGCGCCGAGAGGCUGCUGGAAGAGGCAUUCAAGAUCCAGGGCCGGGACAAGAAGGGACGCAAGAUCCUCCGCAUCGUCGGCAAGUUCUUUCCCGCGAGGGAAUUGAUGGGCGCGGGACAGGGUGGAGGCGGCGAGGAGGCGCUGCAGGGUUUUCUGGAGAGGAGGGUGUUCCCGGAGAUCGGCGGGGCGCCGUUCGUGGUGGUGUACAUGCACUCCCUCGUGCAGCGGUCCGAAAACUUCCCCGGCGUGGCGGCGCUGCGGUCGGCCUACGAGGCGCUCCCUGCCGCCGUCCGCGACGGGCUGCGCGCCGUCUACUUCGUGCACCCGGGCUUGCAGGCCCGCCUGUUCUUCGCCACCUUCGGUCGCUUCCUCUUCAGUGCCGGGUUGUACCGGAAGCUGCGGUACGUGAGCCGCCUGGAGUUCCUUUGGGAGCACAUGAGGAGAGGGGAGGUGGAGGUGCCGGAGUUCGUUGAGGACCACGACGAGGAGCUGGAGCACCGCCCCCUCAUGGACUACGGCCUAGUGGAGAGCGACCACCACCACCGUGCCUUCGACGACCCCGCCAUAGACUCCGCCGCCUCCAUGCACUCGCUCCGCUGCAUCUCCUAGCCCUGUGGGAGGACCAUUAUGCUCCCCCUGUUUUCUUACUUGUAUUUGUUACUUCGGAUUGCGAAAGGCCGUAACUGUAAAUACAUAUACAUAUAAGAGUAGCUUUUAAAUCUAAAAGCGGUUGCGUCGGUUUGGAUCAA